CAAGAGGAAUUUUUAUUUCCCAAGGUAAACCUGGAACUCUUGUUAGAGUAAUACGAAAGAAUCUGCAAAAAUGCAGAGGCAAAAUAGCAAAACAAAGAGGCAAGACAGCAAUAAAUCUCGUUCGAGUGAUCCUGUCCGUAAGGAGCUACUUAUAACAAGCGGGCAAAACUGCAGUAAAUCUCGUUCAAGUGAUCCUGUUCUUGAGGAGAUAAUUAUAACAAGUGGGCAGAACAACUCGAGUGAUCCUGGAACAGACCACUUGCAUUCAGCUAUUCACUCAGCUCAGGGUCCAGAGGCAAAUGAUCAUUAUGUCCAAUACAUCCGGGGAUUUACUGAUUUGGCUUCUGCAUUUAACUGGGGUGUCGUGGCGCUUACCCUUGGAAGCUAUGGAAUGUUGCUAUCUACUCCUGUAUUUUGGGUGUGCUGGAGUAUCCUUGUCACAGAGGCUGUCAUUUUCUACUCCAUACGACCUUACUGGAACUGGAUUGAAAAUUCUUGCCGAAUAACAGAUCAAUCACAGGACGGUAAAAAGCUUCAUCGACCCUCUGAUCAUGCCAAAGCAGGAGUCGUUUUUAUAAAGGUAGGCAUGAGCAUUGCCCUCGUUACCCUGCUUUUAUAUAACCAGAACAUCACACAAAGGCAAACCAAAAUACUCUUGUUUGCUGCGCUCUCAAUUAUUAUAUUCGAAGGAUUUACGCACAUUUUUAUGAUAAAAGAGGAACUGGGCAGUUUAAUGGGGGUCCAGAUGCCAAGCAAUGUUAGUGAGGAUCAUAAGUGGAAAGCUGCAAAAUUCUUAAGGAUGUCAAGCAAUAUCAGUGAGGAUCGUAAGUGGAAUGCUGCAAAUUUCUUAACUCCGUCUGUGAUAAAUGCAAUGAUUGGUGCAACAGGGGCAAUUGUCCUGGGAGGAAACUUGGGCAGUCUAAUGCCCGAGAAACCCUACUGGAUUUUCGCUUCUAUAUUUGUAGUGGAUCUCCUGGCAGAGGCCAUUCAUAGAUUUGAUUGUGGAAAGCGCUCUCUGUUAGAUAUCCCAGAUCAGCAUUUGGGAAAUAUACACUAUGUGGCUAUCAUAUUGCGACUGGUUGUUGAAGGGUGUUUGUGUUACUGGAUGACGAAAGAGAUCUGUCAAGAUUCAUAUUUUCCUUCAAAUGUGGACAUUAAUGCCUGUGACGGGCAGUGCCAAGACAGAAGCAGGCAACUGCUGAUCACGAUGGUAGCUUUGGGAGGCAUCCAAGCGGCAGGGACUUGCAUCAUUCCCAUAUGUUCUUUUAUUCUUGGUCCCCAUUAUCUCCCCUUCAUGCUUUUCUUUGCUAUUGUUUUAACUUCUUCGGUUCUUGGUCAUCUGCUCUGGCUUCUUACAACUAAAUUGUUUUGCGCCUUGAAAUAUCUGAUGAAGAUAAAUUGUACGGAUGGGUGAAUUCCCUAGAACGGAGAACCCCUCGAACUUCAUGCAAUGUUUUCUAUUUGUUGCUA